CACAACAAUGCCCUUCACGCCAACACUACGACAGCUGCCCUCGCGGCAAAUAGGCCUAUGGACAUGUUCAGCAUGCUCCCGUCCGCUCGCCAGAAUACCGCGCGCCCGCAACCCCGUCUUUGCCGUGCAAAAAUGCUUAAACACUACAAGAGCUGCGCAACAUGGCACCGUACCGCGAAUGGACCAAAUGCACGCGCAAUACAAAAUGAAGAACAGAACCGUCAUGAACUAUGUAUUUAGUGUAAUAGUCGGUUUCGUAGCUAUAACAUACGGCUCAGUACCCAUGUACAAAAUGAUCUGUCAACAAACAGGCUGGGGCGGCCAGCCCAUCAAGUCCGCCGCGCACGGCGGUGAUUCCAGCGUCUCCCCCGCCGAGCGCCUCAAACCAGUAACCAACCACCCCCGCAUCCGCAUAACCUUCAACGGCUCCGUCUCCGACGUGCUCCCUUGGAAAUUCGUACCUCAGCAGCGAGAAGUACGCGUUCUCCCAGGCGAAACGGCACUAGCGUUCUACACAGCGACCAAUAAGUCGCCCGAGGACAUCAUCGGCGUGGCGACGUACUCUGUUACGCCCGGCCAGGUGGCCCCGUAUUUCAGCAAGAUUCAAUGUUUUUGCUUUGAAGAGCAGCGGUUAAAUGCGGGGGAGACGGUGGAUAUGCCUGUUUUCUUUUACAUUGACCCGGAGUUUGUGACGGAUCCGAAUAUGAAGGGGAUUGAGACUGUGACGCUGAGUUAUACGUUUUUCAAGGCAAAGUAUGACAAGGAUGGGCAUUUGAGGCCUGUGCCUAUGGCGUGAAGGAGUGAUUUUAUUCUAUGUUUUUGCUAUCUUCUUUGUUUUCUCUAUGGAAAUGAUUUUGUAAGAUAUGUAGUUGUACAGUAUGUGGCUUCUCUGCUAUUAGAGUGGUGUACAAGUUAUGGUUCCUCUACUAUCAGAGUAGUUUACGAGUCAUGGUUUCUCUGUUGUUAGAGUGGCGCACAAGUCACUUGGUUGUCGAACUCUCUGCUGCUGUCAGAGUAGCCUACAAGUCACUGUAUAUCAAACCGGAG